AUGAGUGAUGUUAGUUGCUCUUACGCCAAGAAAUCAGAACUUAAGAAGAAAAACCGCUACAGAAACAUCGUUCCAUUCGAUCAUAACAGAGUAAAACUGAAGAUGUUAGACGGACAGCCAUCAUCUGAUUACAUUAACGCUAGUUUCAUACCGAGCUACCGACCUAGAAGUUACUUGUUCAUUGGAGCCCAAGGUGUGAAGCGAGAAACUUUGAAUGAUUUUUGGAGGAUGGUGGUUGAGAAUGAGACGAGGAUCAUCGUCAUGUUGACCAUGCUCAAGGAGAACAAUAAGGAAAAAUGUCUCAAAUAUUGGCCAGACGCUGACGAGAAGAAAUGCGAGUACGGUGGCACCAUAGUAAAAUUCCUUUCAUUGGAGAGAUGGCUAACCUAUGAAAUCAGAAAAUUUUCAGUGAAAAGAAGUUCGGUGGAAUUCAUUGUGACUCACAUGUGGUACACCGCCUGGCCUGACCACGGCGUGCCAGAGAACAUUGGCAGUCUGCUCAACUUCCGCUACCACAUGUGGACACUCGUGUCGCAGUUAGUGGCCAGCAACAAGGGCAACGUUUCUAAUGUCCUUGUUCAUUGCAGCGCUGGUGUUGGUCGCACAGGCACGUUGAUAGGCCUGGAUUAUUUGUUGGAACAAUCUCGAGAGACUGACGCGGUGGAUGUCGCAGAGUGCCUCCUCUACCUCAGAUCGCACCGCAACUUUAUGAUUCAAACCCUCGUUAGUGAAUUUUGUUACCAUAUUUUUUUUUACCUAAAAUGA